CCUCCAUGUUUACGCCGGAACUGAAACGUCAUCAAUCCGCGGCUGCUCCUAAUGACGCACUUUGUACCGUCCAAUCAGAGAGCAGCAACAGCGCGAGGGCAGUGGAACCCCCGGUUUUGUCUCGCAGGAUGAAACCUCAGUCGCACAGAUGAUUGACAUGUUGUACAGGCUCUUUGAUCAGGAGCCCAGCUGAUGUAUUUACAUGAUUUGUGACUUUUCUCCGCUAUUUAUUCAUUAAGUUGAUGAAGUUGUUUUUUUCUGUUUGCAGUUGUGUUCUUACUUCGCAGUGCGUUGAGCUCUGUCGGCCACCGUAAAAAACCAGUGUAAGCCUGUCAGACCGGCUUGAGGGUUUAAACCCUCCUCUUUGAACCAGGACGUGCAGCAGAAAUCAGCUGUUCUGACAAACUGCUCCUUCUGAACAAGAUGACAACACAUCUGUGUUAGAGGAACAUCUGGCUGCUCUGCACCCCCCCCCCACACACCGUGACUUCACUGGGAUUCCCCAGGCAUGAAGAGCGAGCUGAGCUGGACAGAGAUGAGGAAGUGAAAGUGAAACUGAUCCGGGACUCGAACCAGAAAAAGAAACUUACAAACAAACUGAACCAGUGAAGGACCCUGACACCCUGUUAUACCUCCGGGCCUCAGCAGCAUGACAUCACCAGCCAACCAUUACUUUAUCAUAACAGAAAAACCUGAAUAUUACUCACACAUCAAUCCUGGCGACAUAUGUUACAUCUCUGAACACAGUUACAAAAGACAUAGCUCUUCUUCUAAGUUGCCGGUCUUCCUCUUCAGUAGAUCUUCGUGCUUAGAUUAUGACAUAGACAGGAAAUACUUGUCGGCUCUGCCGGUGAAGAGUGCCGAGCUGCUGCUGGCCCUGCCGGAUGAUGCCGAGCGGCUGAAGUGGUUCAGGGAGGGAGCUGCUCUCCCAACAGCACUCGGACUCACGUUGGGCACUGCAGUGAUCGUGCAGGCAGGAGAAGAGGAGCUGAGGGGCAGCAUCCGCUACAUCGGAAGACUCACAAAAUCUAAAAAUCCUUUAUCAGCAACUUUCUUUGGGAUUGAACUACAGGGAGCAGACAGAGGGCAAGGCGACACCGAUGGGUCCCACCAGCGUGAAACCUUGUUCUCAUGUGCAAAAGAUUGUGGCGUUUUUGUCCCGUUCUCCAGAGUCAGACCUUUGGUCCCCAGCUCCCUGUCGCCCUCCGGCCCUGAGCCACAGCCCCGGACAGAGGAGCUGUCCUCAGGGGACAGAGUCACGUACUACACCAGUAAUAAAACUGGUCAUGGGAUGGUGGUGGACGUGCUGGAAACGAAGGGAAACCAUUUUGUUCGGAUCUCCACAGACAUGGAUGAAAAUGGGAAGACGGGAGGAGAAGUGAAAGUUCCACUGGAUUGUGUGAUGAAGGGAGAGGUCCCUGCAGAGGCAGAGGGGAUGGACGUCGACGCGCCGCUGGUUGAACAGAACAAGGAUGAUCUGUACCUGAGUCUGACUGUGAACUCUGUGGUGGAGGUGACGCUGGCUAAAGGAAAUUCAUACGGAAUCAUCCGCUGGAUCGGCCUUUUGACUGAUAAACAGCAAAUCAUGGCCGGACUGGAGCUGGAGGAAGACAGAGGAGUGAGUGAUGGCACCUUUAAGAACAAGCGUCACUUCACGUGUCCUCCCAAGAGGGCGCUGUUCGUGAAGCUGAUCUCCUGCCGUCCCGACUCGCGCUUCCAGAGCAAUUCAGCCAAUCGCAGCAAGAAGAUGCUAAAACAGGAUGACACAGAGAGCGUUGGCGAGUUGGAGCUCAGUUCAGUGAAGCUGGAGACGGUUCCUCCAAUCAGCACUGAGCAGGUGAACGAGAUUCUGAUUGGACAAAUGAAAGGGAUCCAAGGCCACUGCAACUCCUGCUACAUGGACGCUGCCCUCUUCAGUCUGUUCUCCUGCUCCUCUGUGCUGGACUCAAUGUUGUUUAAAUCAACUGCACCUCAGGACGCCCCCAUUCAGAAAACACUGCUCCGGGACAUCGUCAACCCGCUCCGCAGUAAGGGCUUCGUGGAAGGGCAGCACAUCAUGAAGCUCCGGCAGCAGCUGCAGAAACACGGCUACAGUGGCUCCUUCACCACGGAUGAGAAGGAUCCAGAGGAGUUCCUCAUCGUCAUCAUGCACAAUAUUCUCUCCCUGGAGCCUCUACUCAAACUCUCGGCGGGCGGUGAAGUGCAGGAGAGUUACUGUUAUCAGAUCUUUCUGGACCAGAACCACAGCCUGGUGCUGCCGACAGUUCAGCAGCUGCUGGAACAUUCCUUCCACAGCGCAGGACUCAAACUGGCCGAGGUUCCGUCCUGCCUCAUCCUCCAGAUGCCUCGAUUUGGAAAGAAAUUCAAGAUGUUUGAAAAAAUCAUUCCCUCUCUGGAGCUGGACAUCACUGACCUGCUCUCUGAAGGUUCUCUGCAGUGCAUGCUAUGUGGAACCGUGGCUGAGGUUCAGUGCACCGACUGUUUUAAAGAUCCUGUUUUCAGUCAGACGGGAUUUAAAGUUUUCUGCAGGACGUGCUCGUCUCAGGUGCACUGUCAUCCUCAGCGGCAGUCCCAUCAGCCGUCGCUUCUGGACAUCCCCAAAGGUUACCUGGGUCGCCUGCCCCCUCAGGCUCUGGCCAGAGACAAGCUGGAGCUGUUCGCCGUGCUCUGCAUCGAGACCAGCCACUACGUGUCCUUCAUCAAACACGGGCCACACUCCGAGGACUGGAUCUUCUUCGACAGCAUGGCGGACAGAGAAGGAGAGACAGACGGCUACAACAUCCCCGAGGUGCGCGCCUGCCCGGAGGUCGGCACUUACCUGGAAAUGUCUCCGACCGAGCUCGCCAGGCAGGUGCCUCGAGACAUGAAGGGCGUGGCCAAGCGUCUGUUCUGUGACGCCUACAUGUACCUGUACCAGAGCACCAGCAUGUGCAUCUAUCGCUGAGACGCCGCUGGAGAAACACUUCUUUGCUUUUUCUGUUCGUGUCCUGAUUGAUUGGUUUGGUUUUUCUUGUGUGAGAUUAAACACCUCAACAUUUUCUGCUUUCGUUUAUCAGAUAUAUACAUUUUUUUUUUUUUAUUAUCCUGGAGACAAAAACUGACAUUAGAAUUUAAAAUAAACAAUUUAAAGAUGAUAGAAUUGACAGUUUGUAUUAAAGUAACUGACCCUGUAACAUGAGGGUUCUGUAAAUCAGUUUUCUCUUGAUAUUUAAUGAUUCACUUAAAAAGUUAUAUUUACAAUUGUUUACAAAAGUGUGAAUGAAAAAGUGAAUCCACCAAAGAUAACAAAUGUAAAUAAUAACAAAUUGUUAAUUUGCUGAACCGUUGUAUUUUCUGUCUUAUGAGGGUUUAUGACGGCGACUGGACCUUUUCAAAAUAAAAUCAUUCCUCUUCCCUGGGAUCCUGAAAAGUUUGAAUUUGACCUCAGGAAACGAAAAGGUGGAUUUUUCCAAGAUAAAUAAUAAAGAUGCAGUUUUGCCUCCA